CACACUAAAAACUGUGUACUGUUUUUGUGUUUUCUUCGUUUUCUCAUUUCACAUUUCUCUUCUUCUUCUUCAUUUUCCAUCCUUUGCACAUUUUCUUCGGCUUUUCAACUUCGAAGCAAAACGUCGUCGUUUUCAGUUCGAAGUAACACACUGUUGUUCUUGUGUAACGGACGCCUCAUCUAUGAUUUACAUAUUUUAUGUCAGCGCGCUUCAGUGGAAUUUAGCCGGACGCCGUCUACCGAACUCAGUCUUCCAACCAUUUUCAUAGACUUUGCGGCAGUAUCAAUUGUGAAUUUACACCCACUUUUUGCUUGCAUUUCCUGUUCUCUCUUUCUCUGUGUGUGUUUGGUGCAAGCUUUUCUGAAGACAUGGCGCCAUGGUGGGGAAAGCCUUCGUCCAAGGAGGCGAAGAAGAAUAAGAAGACAAACCGGGAAAGCAUUUUUGAUAUGAUACAGCGAAAAUUAAAAAAUGUUUCAGACGAGAAGAGCAGCUGUAGAUUAGUAGGAUUUAGGAAACAUCGUAGUGGCAUUGUCUCAAAGAAGGGAUCUAGAUCCUUCGGACCUUCAACAAGAUCGCGGUCACCCUCUCGAAGUGUGUCCCGCUGCCUAAGUUUUGCAGACAAUCGUUAUUGUCGGCCACUCACAGUGCCAGAAACGUCCUUUCCUACUGUUAGCAAUGCAGACUCUGGAAUUACUUUAACGUCAAAACUGGAAAGAGCCGUAGGCGAUCCUACAUCUAGACCAUCUAUAUAUUUCCCCCUGCCAGAACCUGGUUAUAUAACUAUAAGGGGCGAAUUUACAGAUGUGGAAGGAGAUAUAGUCACGGCAUCUGUUUCCAGUGACAGCUCCAUCGACAGUGGUGACUCAUCUGAUUCACAUCUUGUUAGUCCUCUGGUAUCUGACUGUGAAAAUAGAAACAAAGCCACCAUUAACAGUUCUUUCAGUGUGGCGCACAGAGAUCAAUCACAUAUUACUAUCGAAAGAAACUCAAGAGCAUCCUCAAAACCAGGUCAUAAAUUGUGCAACAAUAAGCACUUGUCUACCUCGCCAAAAAGGGUUCCUUUGCAUCCGAAAAUAGGUCGUCCGGGUGGUUUAUGCAGUGCUCCAGAUAGUUCAAUGUCUAGUCCUAGAAGUCCAACGCGAGCGUUUGGUCCAGAGCAAGUGUUAAACUCAGGAUUAUGGACAGGAAAGCGCUAUCCAGAUAUAGCUUCUGGGCUCUGCUCUAGUCCAGGUUCAGGCCAUGAUUCUAGUAAUAAUUCAGUUGGCGGGGAUCUAUCAGCAUUUAGGGCACACAACAAGUGUAGCACUGAUUGUUCACCAAUACCGAGUCCCAGAAUGACAAGCCCUGGUCCCAGUUCCAGGAUACAGAGCAGUAAUGUCAGCCCUCUGCAUCCAAAAGCUGGAGGUGCCGCGGCAGAGUUGCCUGCAAGACGUCCUGAUGUCACUAAACAACAAAGUUAUCGGUUACCGCUUCCUCCAAUAAAAGUCACUAAAUCUUGUCCGUUUUCUCCGACUUAUUCUGCGUCUUCAACUCCUUCAGCCCCUCGAAGUCCUGCCAGAUCAGAAAAUUCUACAAGCCCAGGUUCACGCUGGACAAAAGGGCAUUUGCUUGGAAGGGGAACAUUUGGACAUGUUUAUCUUGGUUUCAGCAGAGAAAGUGGCGAGAUGUGUGCAAUGAAGGAGGUAACCCUUCUGUCAGAUGACCCUAAAUCACGGGAAUGUGCGCAGCAACUUGGCCAAGAAAUUGCAUUGCUAAGUCAGCUGCGGCAUCCAAACAUAGUCCAGUAUUAUGGGUCUGAGACGGUUGAUGACAAACUUUACAUAUACUUGGAGUACGUCUCCGGUGGGUCAAUCUAUAAAUUGCUUCAAGAAUACGGACAAUUAGGUGAAAUUGCAAUUCGGAAUUACACCCGGCAGAUUCUUUCAGGACUUGCAUAUUUGCAUGCAAAGAACACUGUUCACAGGGACAUCAAAGGAGCAAACAUAUUGGUGGACCCUAAUGGACAGAUAAAACUAGCAGAUUUUGGGAUGGCGAAAAUUAUAACUGGGCAGGCUCUUUCAUUUUCUUUUAAAGGAAGUCCUUACUGGAUGGCACCUGAGGUUAUAAAGAAUUCAAAUGGUUGUAAUCUUGCUGUUGACAUAUGGAGUCUGGGCUGCACUGUUUUAGAGAUGGCAACAACAAAACCUCCAUGGGGCCAGUAUGAAGGGGUUGCUGCUAUGUUUAAGAUUGGGAACAGCUGCGAACUUCCUACAAUUCCAGAUAAUUUAUCAGAAGAAGGGAAAGAUUUUGUCAGGCUUUGUUUGCAAAGGGAUCCACUUGAUCGUCCUUCGGCUGGUCAACUUCUACAGCACCCAUUUGUUAAAAGUGCUUCGCUGGAAAGACUCAUUCUGAAUGCUGAUUCUUCAGAAUCCCCAUCUGCUAUUAUAAAUGCAAUGAGAUCUCUGGCCAUUGGACAGUCUAAACAUAAUUCAUGUUUAGACUCGGAAGCAGCUGGUAUCUCUGGUAUCCCUCCGACUAGAAGCUUCAGAGCUGGUUAUGAAUCAAGUAAUGCUCAUAAAAAAGGGAUCGUCUCAUGUCCCGUUUCUCCAUCCAGUGGGCUACGUUUGCCUUCUAGAUCAAUGAAUUCAAGUGGGAUGAUAUCUCCCUCUCCAACAUCCAGUCUUCAUACUGCAUCUGGCCCAUCUACUCCGCAACCUAGAAGUGGGAAAAUCCCAUAUCAUCAAACAAAGCAACCUAUAUUCCCACAGGAAGCUCUGGGUACAAUCCAAAAGUCUCCAACUGGUUUUCAGUCAAAUGGAGGCACUGCUUAUCAGGAGGGUCCAAAGCAGGGUCAGUUUCAGAGAAAUAUGCAGGCUAGACGGGAUAUAAUUUCACCUGAAUAUAAUGCUCUUGCAAACCAUAAUAGGAGGGCCGUUGAGGGAGUCCGAAGAAAAUUUUGUAAUGAGAAGGCAUGUUUGGCUGAUUGUGCAUCUCAACAACAGCUGGUGAGGGAUAAUACGAGGCCAAAUGUACCUAUAGAUCGUAAGUCUGGUGCACCAGUGGCUGGUCGCAUGGAUGGCUUAUGAUUAUAGCAGUAGCAUGAUAGAAAUUUGUGUAUUUUACAAAGUGGAUGUUGCAUGUGCAUUUAUAGCAGUAGCAUCCAGUCCUGUUUAAAAUAUAUAUUUAGUUUUUAGGCAAAUGUACAUUACAAACUUUGCGCUGCAAAGGGUCCAAAUUUUAGCUGCAAAGGGUAGUAGUGCCAAUACAAAUACAAAUGUCUUGAGUAAAGAUGGUUACAAACUCAAUCACAGUUGAAUGCAAUAUUUUUCUCA